AUGGGAACUUCUGCGAAUGGUGUCGGUGGUGGUUCUGCGAUUCUUCUCUGGAUUUCGGUGUUGACAAUCCUCCUCGGAGCUGCUGCCACUGUUGCCGCGAGGUCCACACUGGUCGGAGCAGCCACCGAAAUGAAGAACGAGUACUUCCACCAUCCUCCACUCGAGUUUCCAAAGCCGCCACCGUUCGAGUUCAAAGAACCUCCGUAUGAGCUGCCCAAGCCUCCGCCAUUCUCGUACAAGGAGCCACCGUUUGAUCUUCCAAAGCCACCGCCAUUCUCGUACAAUGAGCCAGAGUUUACUCUUCCAAAGCCUCCGCCAUUCUCAUACAAAGAGCCACCGUUCGAUCUUCCAAAGCCGCCACCAUUCUCGUACAAAGAGCCACCAUUGGAUCUUCCCAAGCCGCCGCCAAUCUCCUACAAAGAACCACCGUUCGAUCUUCCAAAGCCGCCGCCGUUCUCGUACAAAGAGCCACCAUUGGAUCUUCCCAAGCCGCCGCCAAUUUCGUACGAGGCUCCAUUUCACCACCACUAG